AUGAAAGGUCUAAAAUUUAAUAAAAUUAUAUUAGGCUCCAUUAAAUAGAAUCGUCAGAUGUUGUAAUUUGAAAGGAAAUUCGUCAUGUUCUCAAUUAUAUUUUAUGUUAUAUUUUUCUUUUUAUAUAGAAACUCUACCCCACUGAUCUGAAACUAUAGAGAAGAUAGAUGUUGAUAAAAUAAAUUAGGUUUGGGUCUUAUUUAAAUUCAAUUUGA